AUGGUGGAUGUUAGGGCAGACGACUUGUCCAAGCCCUUCAACGAUGGAGUGAUCUAUCGGUUUCCGCUGACUUGUAAGAAAAUUCACAGAGCACACACAGUGGGAAUUUUUUAUGGAGAAAGUCCAUUGCAAUACUCCUUCACACUGAUAAUGUUGGAGGUCAUUUUCGUUGUUUUUACCACUUGGAUCCUUCGCUUUCUUCUCAAGCCUCUUAAACAGCCCAGGAUUAUCUCUGAAAUAAUCGGUGGUGUAAUCAUUGGACCCUCUGUUCUGGGCCGCAACAAGAACUUCAGCGAGAAGAUUUUCCCGGAAGAUGCCCAGUACGUAUUGAGAAAUAUUGCAAUAAUGGGCUUUAUGUAUUUCCUCUUCUUGGCCGGAGUGAGAAUGGAUUUGACCUUGAUAAAAAGAUCAGGAAAAAGAGAAGUUUACAUAUCAUUGUUUGGAUUUAUCGUUCCCACAAUGACAAUGACAAUUGUAGCAUUCCUUACAAGGAAAUGGAUGGAUCCAGACUUAGCCAAAACAAGUUCAAUCAUUGCAAUUUCCUCAGCUAUUGCUGUAACUUCAUUUCCUGUGCUGUAUCCUGUGCUUAAAGAUCUAAACCUACUUUGCUCCGAGGUGGGACGAAUAGCAAUGUCAUUGUCUGUUGUGAGCGCUGUGAUAGGGCUUAAUGGUAUUGUUGCAUUUGAGGCAGUAAAACAAGGGGAAGGAGAAGGUCUGGAUGCACUGUGGUUUCUUCUUUCAUUGAUAAUCCUAUUGACUUUCAUUUUUACUGUGAUUCAACGAGUAAUGACCUGGAUUGUGGAUAGAACCCCAGAAGGGAAACCAGUGAAUCAGGGUCUUGUAGUUGGGAUUUUGUUGGGGGUUAUGAUUAUGGGAUUUCUAACUGAUAUGUUUGGUAUGGCCAUUGCAAAUGGGUCAUUAUGGCUGGGACUAGUUAUCCCAGAUGGUCCUCCUCUGGGAGCAACUCUUAUUGAGAGAACUGAGACCAUUGUCCUCGAGUUUCUUAUGCCAUUUUCAUUUGCACUUGUUGGGCUAUAUACUAAUGUGUAUGUCAUGGCUGAUAUGGGAUGGACAAGUUUAGUACCACUUCUCGCCAUGGCUUUGACAGGGUAUGUGGCCAAAAUUGUUGGAACUCUGCUUACUUGUCUCUACUUUGAAAUGCCUUUCAGAGAUGGUCUCACACUCAGCCUCAUGGUCAGCUUGAGAGGUCAGGUCGAACUUCUAUUAUUCAUCCAUUGGUUAGACAAAAAGCUGAUACAAAUACCUCAUUUCACAUUGUUGGUGUUCACCACAAUUGCAAUAACUGCAGUAGCGACACCUUUGAUCAACUUCCUGUACGAUCCAUCAAGGCCAUAUAUGGUAAACCAGAGGAGAACCAUUCAGCAUCACCCUCCCAACACCGAGCUUCGUUUAGUUGUUUGCGUUUAUGAACAAGACACUGUUGCAGGCCUCAUAAACUUGCUGGAAGUCUCCUAUCCAACUCUAAGUAGUCCAUUCUCUGUCUAUGCUCUCCACCUCGUCGACCUGAUGGGCCGUGCAGUUCCUGUCUUUUUAGAUUACGAAAACGAGCAUGAUCCUGCAAAAUAUACACACCAGGAUACCAUCCUCGAUGCCUUAAAGCUUUACCAAGAAUCAAGAUCCACAGCAGAAAUCAAGUUCCAUACAUUCACAACCAUGGCCCCAAUGCGAUCAAUGUACCAAGAUAUUUGCGAGCUGGCCAUGGAAAACAAAGCUAGCAUCAUUAUCUUACCUUUUCACAAUGAUUGUCCAGGAAAUGUAGGAGGAACUGAAGUUAUUCAUAAUCGCGAAGUCCAUUCUGUGAACUUAGAGGUGCUAGACCACGCACCUUGCUCGGUUGGAAUUCUUGUAGACAAGAAUAAAAGUUUUAGAAACCCUUUUGCAGGAUGCUCCAUGAGAAGGCCACAUUCAUAUUCAAUCCACCAUUAUGUAAUACUAUUUCUAGGGGGGGCAGAUGCCCGGGAAGCUCUUGCAUUUGCAGAUAGAAUGGCUGGGAACCCUGAGGUGACUCUCACUGUAAUAAGGUUCUUGUCACACUACCAUGAAGAUGAUGAGAUGGAAAAGAAGCUUGAUGAUGGAGUGGUUACAUGGUUUUGGGUUAAAAAUGAAGGAAAUACAAGAGUAAUUUACAGAGAAGUCGUUGUGAGUAAUGGAGCAGAAACAGUGGCAACAGUUCAAACAUUAAACGAUGACACAUAUUAUGAUCUAUGGAUUGUUGGAAGAAAACAAGGGAUAAAUCCAGUGCUGUUGGAGGGAUUAGAGAAUUGGAGUGAAAAUCAUGAACUUGGAGUAAUAGGAGACUACAUUGCAUCCAGUGAUUUUGGAGGCACAGCUUCUGUGUUGGUGGUUCAUCAGCAGAUUUUGAGAGACCAUGGAACAACUACAACAGCAACGUCAAAAAAAUUUGUUUGUACAAGUGUACUUUCACAAUUUUAA